AUGAGCAGACAGCGGAGGAAGAAACGGAAUACACCAAGGCCCCUCUCUUUGGUUUCAGGAGCUGGGAACCCAGAGCCAGACCUCUGGAUCAUCCAGCCCCAGGAGUUGGUAUUGGCAACCACCGGAGACACUGUAUUCCUGAACUGCACAGUGCUUGGAGAUGGUCCCUCAGGACCCAGGAGGUGGUUUCGGGGGACUGGUCUGAGCUGGGAGGCCAUUUACAACUUUGAAGGCAUCUCCCACCCCAACAUGACAGCAGCCCGGGCCUCCAGCAGGGAUUUUAGCAUUCUUCUGCAAGGUGCCUCUGCUGAGCGGGCAGGCACCUACUACUGUGUCAAGUUUCAGAGGAAACUCAACAGACAAUACCUGUCCGGACCGGGCAUCAGGCUGAGAGUAAAAGACCUCCUGUCUGUGUUCACACUUGUGGUCCUGGGGCUGAAGACAAUGACCUUGGCCGCACUCCUGCUGGCCCUGGCUGCAUACUGGAGGAGGCGUCAGCAAGAAGACAUCAAGACCCCAGGCCCAGCAGGACUGGGCCCCCCUUAG